CCCUGCGGCCCUCGCCAUGGCUGAGGUACUCUGCUGGCUCCGGGUGUCGCCGCUGGGUGGUUGGAGCGGGUCAAAACCGCGAUGGAACAGUCCGUGAAGCCCCAGAGCCGCCGCCACCUCCCUGAGGGCUCCGCUCGCGGCGGGGCCGCUGCGCCCCGGCAGGAGAAGACAGAGUGGGAAAACCUAAACAAGGUAUUACUGCGUCAUGGGUUGAAACCUGUGAGUCUUGCUGCCCCCCAAAGCUGCAGAGAUACAUCAAGUAUGAUUGUCCUAGACCAUCAGUCUUCUCAGGGAAUAAGGCUUGCAUUAAAAACGCUGGUGGAAGACACUGAGCGACAGCAGAAGGUGAUGCAGGGACUUAUGGAGGCAAAUCGAUGUCUUAGAAAUGUGGUACGACUGGAACAAGGUCGGGCAUCUCGGCAAGAGCAACGGGCUAAUGAUUUGGAAAAUGUGGUGAAAAACAUUAAGGCCAAAAUUUGUCAGCUGGAAGAUGAAACAAUAGCUAAAGCAUGCCAGCAACAAAACCAAGUCAAGGAACUUCAAAAAGAGCAACAGGCUUCAUGGGUAAAAUACCAACAGCAGCAGGAAAAGCUGCAAGAGCAAGAAGAGACUAUUGCCCAGUUGCAGAAGGAGCUGAGCAGAAUUGGGAGGCAGGAGCAGCAGGGAGUUGCCACUCAAAACAAAAGGUUUUGUCAAUUUUGCAAAAGAGCCCCCAAGUCUCUCCUGGAUCAGCAGCAAUAUAAAAAAGAUGAAGACGAAGUGCAGAGAGAAGUAGAAAACAAGGAAGAGUUCUUAAAUCUAGAUGCUACUCCUAAUUACAAAGCACUGCUCAUGUCUUUCCAGAAGCAACUCACUGAAACAAAAGCCAAGAAGGAACAGCUUUUGCUUGAAAAUAUAAGUCUCAAGAAAGAUUUGGAAAUAAGCAGGCCAUCUGCACAGGAGUUAAAAUUUUACAAGCACCAAGUGAAGAAACUACAAAAAACUUUGAAGAAAACUCCCCAAUCUUCAGGGAGCAGGACUGAAGAAAAAAGAGAAGAAAAGAAAGACUCUGGGAGAGUUGCAGGAGUGGAUCAGCUGCAGGUAGCUUGCCAGCAAUACUUGCAGGUUUUGUCCCGUAUUGAUUCUAUUUUGCGAAGCUCAAGAGCUCCUCCAUUAAUAUUCCGGCCCAGCAAAGGGCCAGUGCAAAAUUCCAUUAAAGAGAAUGGACAGGGAUGUGGAUUUGAGCACCUUCCACUCACCAUAGAAAUGUGGGCAGAUCAGCUCAUAGCCCUAAAGGAUUUGCAUAGGUCCUUGAGAAAACUGUCUCUGGAAUUGCUGCCUUGGAACACUAAAGAUCCACAGGAUAAUAGAGAAUCCAUACGAGUUGAAGACCUUCAGUUGAUAGUAGAUGCAAUUUUGGAAGAAUUAGAACAUAAGGAAAAGAACAGCCAGACACAGUCUGUGCAGGCCCUAUCUGCCAUAGUCUCUCACUUCCAGAAGUUGUUUGAUGUGAAUUCUCUGAAUGGUGUUUAUCCACGGAUGAAUGAGGUUUACAUAAAGCUGGAGGAAAUGACCAACGCCAUGAGGAAUCUCCAUGAGCUCCUGGAACUAGACAGUUCAGCUCCACCCACUGUGGUAGUGGAUACUGUUGGGAAACUGUGUGACAUCAUUAAUAAGAACGUGACUGAGCAGGUACAGCAGCUUCUGGGCACCCAAGACAUCCACAGUAUUAUCAAUAAGCUUGAAGAACAUGAGUGCUUCUUUCCGCCCUUUCAAGCUCUCAUUCAAGAUUUGCUGUGUCUUCUAGAGAUCAGUAACGUGGAUGAUAUUUUACCUGCAGUGCAAAACCUGAAAUGGGGAGCUGGUUAUGGGUGACUCUGCUCUUCCUGAGCAAGACUUCUCUUACCUGUGAAUGUACCUGUUGGUGCACAUGACGUUGCAGCUACCUCCAAGCACUGUUAUCCUAAGCAACAA